UCCUGGAAUCUGGAUCGAGAGAUAAGGCGAAGAUUAUUGUUAAAGUUUUUAUUGUGCGUCAUUUUCAGUUGACCAAAAUCUAUGUGAAUUUACUGUAUUGGCUAACCAAAAGCCAUGGCUGAAGCAGUACGCCCAAAGAGUAAGAAAAAGGGGAAACCUAAGUUAAAGGAGAUAUUGGUUGAACAUGCUGAUCCCUUCUCAAAUACUGAAAACCAGCCAAGCUGUUCAGGGACUGAGAGUGACAUUAAAAAAGAACUAGGAACCAUCUUGCCAAGCAUAGAAGAUGAGAUCCAACAGGAUGCACCCAUCACAACAGAAAGUCAUAAAAACAUUACAGCCAAACAUAUUCCAAACCAUUUAGUUGAAGAUGAAGCCAAGUUAUUUGAAAAUGGAUCUGAACUUGUGUUUGCUAAACAAGAAAAUGAAGCUGUGUUGUUUCAAGAAGGUUCUAAAGUGCAAGAAGCUUCAAUAUGUGAGAAUUCUAUUCAUGAACAACUCAUGGAACUUUUAAUUGAAUCACCAAAAAUUAAGCCAGAAAUUCCCUCAGCACCAGCUCCUAGCAUGUUGAAUGGUACCUUUGAAUUCAACCUUGACCUACCUAUUGAAGAAAAGGCAGCAGACAUUGUAUUUCCACAGUCAUUUGAAAAUAGCAUCAGUCAAGCUGUUUACAAGCAACAACAAUUCAAUAGUUUAAAACCUUUCACUGCAGAGCAGCUGGUGUCCUUUUAUGAAAACCCUUUAUUAUUGGGCGAGGAGGCUGUGGUGGAAAGUUUUCUUGACUGUCGAAAAAAUUUAGAAACACAUCCCUUAUAUGAAAACCUAACAUACUUUUUGCGCUCUCGACCUAUGUUAAAAAGCAAUUUAGAAGAACUUGAGCAGUUUAAUCGAGAUGUUGAAGCUUUGACAUCUCAGCUGUGGACAACAGAAACCAGAAGAAUGAUUGAAUAUGGUGAAUGCGCCGACAGCAAGCGAGUUAAGGCUCACUACGAUUUCCCUGUGGCCCAUCUCAAUGAGAAGUCCUCACUUCAGCUAAUUCGGCAGUUACAGCAACAACGUGAAAAAAUUCAAGAAAAGCUAGUAUUGAGUGUCUACGAAUCUCACUUGUGGAGGCUGCGAGUUGAUUGGUUAAUUUGCCAGGGCAGCCAACACAGUGAACAUGGCUCCAUUUCGGUUCUUUUUGCCUUUUUGCGUCGACCAGUCAAAGAUAAAAUGUUCGUCGAUCAUCUGAAGUUCUGGUUAAAUUACGUUGCCGUUUCUUUAUUGAAACGAGCUAGAAAAGAAGAUUAUAUUUUCCUUGCUCAUCACGCAGUGCGCUGCCCAACUGGAUUGGCUAGAUGGGGAAGUCCGUACGUGCAAACACCUUUUUGUGAUCCUUUUGAAGACCGCCAGGGCACAAACAUUCAUCACGUUGAUGUCGGAUUAGCCUGCUUCAUAGCGCUCUCCAUGACGAAUGCCGGACAUAGUGUCCCUGAAUUUUGUUCGGUCGGCAUGGAUCUCUUGUACAUUUUGAGUAUCGCUGAUCAACACCGCCCCGUCGUGGCCUUCCUCAACCAUUUAUUUCCCCUUAUAGUCACAUGCCCUGAUGUACUCUACAAUCAGCCUAAAUUGCUAGAAAUCUUCCAACGACUAAUUCAGGCUGAUCUGACUUACUACAAGAGGGCAAAAAACUUGUUGGCACCCCAAUUUCCUGGAGUAGUCCUCAAAAUGAUGGCUUCCUUAAUCGAAAACACCAUUUGGAAGCUGAACGGGUUAUAUUUGACUGGAGCCACACCUGCACUUGAGAUUUGGCUAAAUUUACUCACAAGUCUACCCAAAUGGAAUGUCGACAAAAGUGUGCUUUAUCUCCUUGACAUAUUGGCUAGAAUCGCCUGGGCGAAUUCUUCUGAUAUCCAAAGUUUUAAUCGAAUAUUAUCCGUUGUUCUCAAAGAAUCAAGUAAAGUUCAUCGGCCGUCCAAAGGUAUCGUGUCACGCGUAGGUAAUUGGGUGAGUGGAUCAUCUGAGGCUCUUGUUCAGUUGGAUGCAACCGAAUUGAUUUCACCCACCCCUUCGCUGCCUUAUCUGUCAUGGAUAGUCUUAGCAAUGGAGAUGGAACGCCAGUCUAAAUUGUGGCAACAUCUUAUCAUCGAAUUGCAACCGGGCAAGGUAAAAAGCAUCGAACAAGCUUUGAAAUCCAUUGCAGGAUUUCUUAAAAUUCCGUACAUUGGUGUCCAUCAACUUUGUUUGAUCCGCUACGCGCAAAUGGCAUUGGAACUGAAUCCAGACCACCCGCUUUUGCCGGUAAUCAUCCAACGUUUCUUCAGUCUGUAUUUUGCUCGUACAGAAGCAAUGGAAGUUGGUACUGAUAGCUGGGCCGUCGGGCAACGGAUCAUGACGAAUUCGUCCACUUUUUCUUCCUUAUUGAAACGUCUCGUUUUGAAGUGGGAAGAAGGUGCAAAAAAAUUUCAGAGUGACCUUCUGCGUUCCGGUUUUUUGCAAAGUUGCUGUCUUUGGGUGGAAGAUGUCAAAUUACUAGAACCUCACGUUUAUUUGCCAUCUUUAGCACCAAAUUACCACCCUGCACGACUUCUCCAACUCUUUCAAGGCUCCGAUUUAUGGAUAGACUUGUGCGACUUGAACGCCAUUCACGCGGAUCGUCAAGAACUAAGAGAAUCAUGGAAUAAGGAGAGAAACAUUACUUCGCCAACAGUUUCCCAACAGAAAUCAGCGGAGUCUCUACAUUCUCAAAAAGACACCAUCUAUGCAAGACUGCAAACCUAUCCGACCCCUAUCCGUUUAACUCAGGUGGCACUCCAGCUUCCGUUUUCCAGGCUUUUGUUAACGGCUUUCAGAAAUGCUAGUGAUUUCCGCCUACAACUUAAUCCGCAUCUUCAAGUUAUAGUAGACUGUGCAGAUCAAUUCAAUCGACGAAUGGCUGAAUUGACGUCCCUUGACUGUCACUAUUCCGAGCUAUUAACAGAACUAUAUUGUCCCUACCGGUCCGAACGGACAAUGACUGUCAAGUGUGAUGGAACACAAUCAGGAGCUUGUAGUGGAUCGGCUGUAAUAAAACUGAGUUGCGAGCCUUGGAGACUCAAUACUUCCGUCCGUAAACAGUUAGACACCAAUAGGCAAGAAGCGACUCGGUUACACUCGGCCUUUCAGGAUGCCAAUGUCCAGUGGCUUGGUGUGGCCGCUCUUCUUCUCGAAGAUUGUGUCGAUCAAAUCCAAGGCCGAGGAGCCGAGGAGCCAGGAGCAGCUCUCUUUUACAUCUUGGUUGAGCUUGUCGGUGAAGAGAGUAACAAUUAUUUACCUACCAAACAGUUGCUUUCUACUUGUCUUGAACGAUUAGGUCAGCAUUGCAUUGCCGGGCAUCCUGAACAGUGCCGAAACCUCGUAGGAUUGUUGAGCAGUAAUUCCAAUUUGGCCGGUCUAGUGGCACCUCAUUUCACUCCAUCGACACCGGAUCCUUCCAGUGCCUCCGUCAGCGCGUUUUUGGACUCGUAUCGGCUAGUUAUAGGCCUUUCCAAGCAAGAUAGUGAUCUUGUUCUUGUUCUUCUUACCAAGUUCGAUGUCCGCUGGUGGUUGAACUGCGCUGAGUGUUGGCCACACGAUCGCUUAAAAUUGUUGGAAAUUCAUCUUCGCGCUGCCUUGGAUAGUUAUGGUCUGCAGCCAGUGGAAAGAGCACUGGCAGUUCACGAAGUCCUCCGACGUCAUUUACAACUAAUACUGUCGCAAAAUUUCCCGGAGCAGUACAGUCGCUUUCUACACCAUUUGCUAAAAGCUAGCGAAGCCCAAAGUUGCAGUCCUGUGGUUUGGUGCGAUACGAUUAAUACCCUAGGUCAAGGAUGGCUCCGCCUUCAACCGGAGUUAAGCAUGGAGGAGUUUCUUCAACAAGUUUUGCAAUACACCACCCAGCAGACGUUACUGGAUGCCAAUAAAAUGAUGGAAACGGUAAUUUUAAUGUCUCAACACUUUUCCACGGAACGACAACUCCAUGGUCUUUAUGGAUUGUAUCCAAAGUAUCGGCCUUAUAUCCAUGUUAUCGCCUGCUUGCUUCUGACAAUUGGCCAUGGAUUGUGUUUUACCACAUUGCAGAAUGAUAAUGGGACAGCUUCUGAUUUGCUGGUUGGGCAGCUCUGGACUGCUAUUCGGGACCUAUAUUCCCCCUGGAUACUUCCCUACACCCAUCAGCAGGUGAACUCCAAUUGUGCCGCUUGGAUUCAACACGCCUUGUCUGACUGUAAAGUUUUAUUGCCAUGGAUCGCUGCCGAUAGUGGUUUAGCAUCACUCAUGGCCUCUUCUCUUACCCACUGUACCACAUUCAUUCAUGAGACGCUUCCUGCUCAGCAGAGUAUCUUGUCUCACAUACUGGCCUUCUAUUUGCAAGGAUUUUGCCACACAGCAAUUAAACUGCACAUACUUAAGGUAAUCCACCAAGCACUGGAUACGUUACCAUGGCAAUCAUUUGUUCCGUCACUGAAUGAUUUGGAGCAGUUAGUCCGUGUAGCAGGACAGUUCUUACCCGAAGUGCAUUCCUUCCUAGUCAGUCUUUUCGUCCGUUGUUGCUUAUCCACAGUGAUUGUCCACUGUAACUUACAGCCGACAACAUGUGCGAGACUGUUAGCCUCCUUACUGCACCUGCAUGUCCGGUUGGCUGGUGAACCGACGGCUCAACAGAAUACCAUGAUGAAACGUAUCCUAGACGAAGCUUGCUCAUAUCCGUGGCAAUUCAUAGACGCUAAUAGUGUCUAUGAUCAAGUAUUAAAUUGGUACAUCUCAACUUGUGAUCCACUUUUCAUUUUGCAACCCUACUUGGAGCGACAAGAAACACCGUGCAGUUCCAAUGAUCCUCUGGUGUUUCGUUUGUUACAGGCGGUCAGUAGCCACCAUUUGCAGUCAAGCGACCAUAUUGGCAACUCACCCAAGCGGCAAAUAUUCGUUCGUUCUUGGAUCCGUCUGAUCGCUUUGACCGUCUCUCGACAUCGGUCUCUCAUUCAGCAACAUCCUAGAGCUAUUCCUAAUGCUAUUGGGAAUUUACUGGAUUUCAUCUGCAAAAACACCCACUCGGCGGAAUACAGGAAUGACAUUCAUGAGUAUAUGACAGUUGCCAUAUCGAGCUCUAGUCCCAUCGCCGAUACCCUUCAAAACUGCCUGUGUCUUCGGAUGAACUGCUAUCCUGUCAAUGCGGCCUUGGUGGAAAAUGUUCUUCGAGUGAUUGCCGUUGUAAAUGGUGGUGGUAGCCAUGAUGGCCAAAAACGAAUGGCAGCCGUGCUAGAAUCUGCCUUAGAACAGUUUGAGGGAACACGUUCUGUUAUUUUUGAUUUGCUUCCGAUUGGAGGUUCAAAGGAGUUAGCAGCAGUUUCCUGGCAACAGGGCUGCAUUUUGAGUUGGUAUUGUCUUGUUAGCAACCAAGAGAAACCCGAUGCAGCAGAUGGGCCUUACCUUUUGGAACAAAUGCUCUCGAACUGCAAGGCACUUUCAUUGAGUGAAGCAAUUGAGCCAAAGCUCUGUUUCGUGUACGAAAGACUGCUAACUGUUUGGAAUCUUACCUCGCCAAAUCUCAGUCCUAAAAAGACAGCUGUGAAAGCAGAAUGGUGUGAAUUACUCGGCUCCUGGACUGAAGAAAACAAAAGUUGGUUAUCAACAAUUGGCCUGGGUAAAGCACCCAGACUGUCAUCCAAGGGUCGCUGUUUGGCUCACGUCAUAUUGUGUUACUUGCAGCAAUCUAAGAUAGCUCUGGAUCAGCUAGAGAGCAGAUGGAGAAUAAAUCGUCCAAAAUCUGGUCCCCUUAUUAUACUCUAAUUCCUAUCUUUCACGCUUAAUUGUUAAGUAAAAACGCAGAUAUUUCAUUAUCGUUACCGUUUUUUUUUGGUCAAAUAAGUAAAGUUUCAUUGUUUUUGUAGUUUGAUCGACAGUUGAUUGUAAAUUUUCUGUAAAAAAUAACAACAACAAAAGUUUCUUAAUCGCGUGAUUUAUGGGAAGAAAUACAGGCCAUCGAAGAAGUA